AUGAAUUUAUCUAAUCGUUCAGUACGUUGGCUUCAAAUAAUUCUUACACUUUUCUAUGGUCAAGUUAUUUCAACAGGUAUAUAUGAAUAUAUCAUUCAAGGUAUUUGUGGUUUAAUAUUACGUUUUCGACCAAUACAUGAUUCAAUAAUUCUUAUUAUUCUUGGUCUAUUUAUGUUUAUAUUUGUUUUAUAUGCAAUAUUUGCUUUAUGGUAUUGUCGUUUAAAAAUGUUUACUGUAUCUCUAUUGAUAUUAAUUGCAAUAUUUAUAUUAACAUUGGUGAAAAGUAUUGUAGAAAUUCGAUAUAUGGGACGAAAUUCAAUGCGUAUAGAAUGGACUUCAAUACGAAUAACAGAACUUGUAUUAAGAGUAUUUGGUAUUGUAGCAAGUGUGCUUUUUAUUGUUUCUCUUAGACAAGGUUAUAAACCAGACAUUUUUUAA